AUGGAGAUGGAGUGCGGCGAAACGUCGCGGUCGGAGGCGUACCUCGCGGGGCCGGAGGCGCGGGAGCUGGUGGCGGAGCUGUGCCGGCACUUCUACGCGCCGGGGUGGCUCACCGGCACCGGCGGGAGCAUCACCGUCAAGGUCCACGACCCUGACGUGCCGCUCGCCGACCGCCUCAUCGUCAUGUCGCCCUCCGGUGUGCAAAAGGAGAGGAUGGCGGCAGAGGACAUGUAUGUGUUUUCUGCUGAUGGGGAGGUGCUCUCUGCACCUGCAGCAAAGCCAUGGCCAAACAAGCCGCCAAAGUGUACAGAUUGUGCACCUCUGUUCAUGAAAGUUUGUGAUGCUCUUCGGUCUAGUUUUUGUUGA